GGCAGAGAUCGAGCCGUGCACGCGCGGCCAUGUCCAAAGGCUACGUGCUGGUCGUCGCUUCCGUGGCCGCGCUCGUCGCGCUCUCGGUCACCACCUUCUUCUGGUCCCGCCGGCGGCAGCGGCGAGUGGUGUCGGCGUCGCAGAGGAGCGACGCGGCUGGCCACGACGUGGAGCUCAGUGCCGGCCGGGGCGCCGCGGGGCUCGGCGAGGCCGUCCUGGCCGGGUACCCCACGCUGGUGUACACGUCGCCCCCGCGCGGGGGGGAGGAGAAGGACGAGGAGGCCGCGGGCGCAGGCGCCGGCGACACGGCGCGGUGCGCGGUGUGCCUGGCGGACUACGCCGACGGCGACGAGCUCCGGCUGCUGCCGGACUGCCGGCACGCGUUCCACCAGCGGUGCGUCGACCAGUGGCUGCGGCGGCGGACCACCUGCCCGGUCUGCCGGGCGUCGCCGCCGGCGAGCGGCAGCACGACCGCUAGCGGCUCUUGAGGACACACAGCGUGCAGCCAAGAGAGUUUGUUACGACCAAUUUGUGUCGUAGCAUGCACAAUGCAACAGCAGCACGGAGUGUAGAGAAGAGCGGAGAAACUUGUCGUUUUUUUUUUGGUUUUUGCCGUGAGAUAGAUCGAGGGACGACCAUGCUUGCUCUGCAUGUCGUCUCUUGUACAUGCAUGGCUUGUGCAGACUAGAUUUUUCGCAAAAGAAAGAAAAGCUUG